UUGAGUAUUAGUUGUCAGUGUCAAAUAAUGUCAUAACAAAAUUUUCCUUUAAAAACUACCUACCAACAUUCAACAGCCAUGUCGUAUUCAUUUAUUAUUAACUAUAUUCUCUCUUUUAUUACCCAAUUAAAGUAAUAUAUAGUUUUCACUUUGGUAUACUGUGUUUCUUGCCACUUUUCAUUUUAAGUGUCCGUGUUAAUAUCUGAUGAAGAAAUAAUAAUGCAGCCCUUAAUAUCAGUUGAUCAUGAAUCUCGUCAAAAUUCGUAUCGGGCAAGUGAUGACCGUGAUCGCAGACUGUCAGAAGAGACACCCCUGCUUCAUAGAUUCCCGCAGACUAAUCCGGCACCAAGAAGCACGUCUACCACGAUAAUAGUAAGCUUACUGCUUAUAAUAUUGACGUCAGGCGUUGUUAUUGGCGUGUAUCUGCUCAUUCUACAGAACAAUGCUGAGAAUGUCUUACCUCCUGUGGAGAUUCCGUUACAAUUAGUCAGCAGGAGGCAGUGGGCCAAUAACAGUAAAAGCGCGCAGCUCCUGCAGUCUUCACCUGUCUUUAAGGCUACAUCAGUAAUUGUAGUGCAAACUGACACAAGACAGUGUUUCAAUACGAGAGCAUGCGUGGAACUGUUACAAAACAUGGAGAUGACUGCUUUGACAAAUGGUAUGAAGUAUUUGCCGUAUAAUUUUCUAGUCUCUUCGAAUGGUCAGACAUACGAGGCGCUGGGGUGGCACGGAACAUCUUCAAUGUUCCCAGAAUACUCAAAAUCGGCAUUAAUUUUAGGUUUUAUAGGUAAUUACACUGAGACUCCACCGACGCGCGGGCAGAUUGACGAGGCUAUAAACUUAUUCUCUGAAUCUGUAAGCCAUCAAUAUUUACAUCCGCACUAUGUGAUCAUAGGGAAAAAAACAAAGACAACUCCGAAACAGCUCUUCGCGAGCCUUAUGGAUCUGCCACAGUGGAGCACCGAAUUGUCUGAUAUGUAAUGCCUACUGUCAACCGGGGUGAAUAGGAAUGGAGGAGUAUAUACGGACUUAAAUGGUAAAACUAAUUACACUUCACGAAUACGUUCAUUUUCACUUAUCUAAUAGUUAAAUAUAAGUUUGUAAAAUGUCGGCUAAAUCGACCAUUAAAUAUCAAAUCGAUAGAUCAAUAUACAUAUGUAAAAAUCGUACCAACCCUAUCCCUUUUCACCCUACUUAGCCGUACUCGAUAUUUAUUGACCAAAGUUAGUGCUCUGCUGAAUAUAAAAUAGUUAAUUUGGGGGCACGUAGCCACCUCUCAGCCUUAAGAUAUUGUAGUUUAAAAAAUACUUUUAUUGUAUACAAUACAUAAUAAUUUAUUAGCCAUAUAUCCUAAGAAGGAUCUUUAUUAUCGUCUUUCUUGAGGUUACUUUCAUUGUUUUACACAUUACUUAUGCUAGUAAGUACGUUCAUGGAUGGCAAAAGGUUAUCACAGAUAUCGUUUGAGUGGACUGCGUUGACUUUACCUGUCAGUAUAAUUAUCCAACUACUGUGUGUUCGAGUAGUCCAGUUAUUGAAUUAUAACAUUGGUAUUAAAUUUACAAAUUUAAAAUAAUUUAAACAUAAUGUUGCACUACAUUACUCUGCAGCUAUGGGUGCGUUCAGUUUAAGUGUCACGCGUCCUAUGUCCACGUCAACCACAUCCAAUGUCCGUCAUCGAUAAGGCAAAAAAUGCCCUAAUUUAUAUGGUUCGUUCACAUAAAUCUAAGUCAUCGAUAUAGGUAAGGGCGGUCAUAUUCCUAGAUCCUUAUUAAUGACGCGAGACAGAAAAUAUCGCAAGUAGUAUGUUUUUUUAAGUACUACUAAAAGCAAAUUUAUUUUUUAUUCCAUGAUAUUGAUCUCUAUGAUCUGUGUGUUUCUGGGAGAUAUUUUUUGUUGUUAAGUAUUGUUGGUUGCUGCUAUGGGUGGUUUUUGAGUGUGUAUCGGUUACACAAAGUACAUGGUCUGUGUUUUGUUGUAAUACUGCGUUAUAUUCUGCAAGUGUGGAGUAUUCAGAUAUUGUUUUGGUCAAAAUGCAGAGAAUAAAAAUUUCGACUAAAUCGUCAUCUUUUCCAAGCUUUGCAUUCCGCCUGGUUGCUUUAGUUGUUUAUCUUCUCCACUUCCUUCUAUCCCAUAAAUAUCAUCUCGGGAAACCUAUCUUAUUUCAUAAUCCAACUCUACAUUCUCCCACUUUGUUUUUGGUCUACCGCUAGAUUUUCGACCAGAUAUUAAUCAAUUAAGUGCUAAUUAUUUGACAACGAUAAUUAUCACUCGAUGGUAUCAUCAACAUGUCUAGAAUCAGAACUUACCUCCUUCUACUAUAAAUGCGUAAUGGUAAACAGAGUAUUAUUUUAAAGACUUCACGAGGCCGUGUCGCGAGGAAACUCCUCGUAUAAAAUGCUGCCUACUCCAAAUACAGCAUGGUAAACGUUGCUACUAAGAUUAUUGUAAUCUUUUGAAAUGUAUCGGGUGAGAAUCCCACGUUAAGUGAUAUGUAUAGUUAUGCGAAACUAUUGAAACAGAGAGUCGUGAACCAUACCGAGGGUCUUACUAUGUGUGGCGUCCCGUACAAAACAUCCACUGGUUCGUGAAUUCAUGACAUUUGGUGUAGGCGACUUCAUAUUGUCAUAGGCGGCUCUAGUUCCUUAGAAUAUGCUGUGAAACACGACACGAAUAACCAUAUCGUUUGAUUGUGAUUGGUCGAAAGACCAAACACGUGACUUAUACGUUGGUAUGUUGACCAAUCACAAUCAAAUGAUAAAUGUUCGUAACGUAUUGUAAUAUGCUAUAUUCUAGGGGUGCUGUUCAUGUAAUGCGAGGAUGUCCAUCCGCGAUAUUAAACACCGUGACGUCACAUUUGAUGUUUUAAAAAUUAGUUUCAUAAUUCUGUAUACAUUAGUAAGUAUCUACAUUAUGAUAGGAGGUGUGUUAAAUACUUUUCACUACUAUAUAUUGAGAAAUUAAUUAGCCUAAAUCCAAUACAACCGAUUAAAAAGGGCGGCCUAAAGUUUGCUACGACACCCUUACUCCAUAUCUGUCGUCACCCAUUAGUUCCCAGUAAUAAUACCCAUGGCCGAGUGAGUAACUUCAAGGGCAAUCGACAAGAGGCUGUAUUGUACGGUAUAUUAUGUAUGUAGUUCUUAACGAACGGUACUUAAUGGCUUAUGUCAUUGUGUAUUUAUAGCUUGUACAAUAAUACAUAUGAAUAUGAUUUAUAUUUGGAAUCUCUAGAUUAAUGUCAUAUUUUUUACAUUGGAAAAUUCCCAAGAAUAUGUUAUAAAAAAAAAUAAUCAGCUUUUAAAUUAAUUAUCUUGCGUUUUAUUUUGAAAAUGUCGCGGUUACGAGAGACAAUAAAUAGAUCACCCAAAAAAAAACCCUGUUUCACAAGUUUAAAGUAACUUAUUUGAUAGGUAUCUUAUUAAAUAUCUAAUGUAGGCAGUAUGUACUCCUUUUAUAACCAUUUAUUUGGAAGCAUAGAUUAGAGUGGUACUUUUGUAUGUGGUAGGCUCAUACAUUUGCGACGAGUGACAUUUACUCAAAAGUUGUGAAACAGGCCCUAAAUGAUUCUUUCUUUAUUAUUCUUGCCUACGUUUUAUUAAAUGACAUUACUGUUAAGAUCAUUAAUGAAACUAUAUUAAAUUAAUUAUCUCGUUUAUAAUAUAUGUAAUUGUGGUAUUAUAAAGAUCAUGUAAAGCAGAUUACAAAUGUCGUGUUGGGAAUAAUGAGAGUGCAAUGUGCAUGGAGCAAAGGCAUAUUAUGUAUUAUACAGGGUGUCUCAAAACUUAUUUGAUAAUGUAGGAAAUAAGCCUCUCUGGCGUUGCUUUCUUGAGGGAAUAAUACAUAAAAAAAUAAUAAGAAGGAAAAUUGCAAAUACCCUUUUUUAUUGAUGCUAGGACAUAUUUAAAUGGUUCCGAGAAUACUUGUCUAUUGCCGCAAACAAAAUCAUCUCCUUGAGUCGCCUUAUUUUUAUGAAGUAAAAUUAAUUUUAUUGUCUUAUUUUCCUUUUUAUUAAACAUUCUUGAACGAAUGUUUUUUAUUAUAAUUCAUUAUUAAAAUUGUACCAUUUUGAGGCUCCCAGUAUUAAUAUAAUUUUAACUGUGAUGUUACGUAUUUAAAAUUUACUUAGGUUUACAAAGGAAUGUUUUUUGUAUAUUAUUGUUUGAUUAUAUUUUUUUGUUAAAUACAUGUUUGCAUAAAUGUUAUUAUAGUGGAUAUGCAUGUGAUUCAAAUAAAGAUCGCGAAUUUUAGUAUGAAUUUGGAAUGUAAAUACGGAUAUAUAAUAUUUUAACCAAUAAUAUUUCAGCCGUUGAAUUUAUUGGAUACUUGAAAACAUUUUUAUUAGGUUUGUAAAAUAAUAUUUCAGGUUUAUAGCGGUAGGAAUACACCCCGCAAUGUACAAGAUAACAACUUCGUCGCGGAUCCGAGUGUUAUUUACCAUAAGGUAUUUAUUUUAGAUACCAAAUAUUGAUAUAGGUGUAGUAUUUUUGUUUUUGAUAUCAAUAAAAAUAACAAUAAACAAACGGUAUACAGGGUAUGAGAAGAAUGUGAGCCCAAAAAAAUUUGUUAAUUUAAAUAACUUCAAAUUAUAGUGAAAAGUUAUCAAUGGUUGUAAAGCCAAAAAAAAUAUAUUAUUAUCACGAUGUUGCUCUUAUAGUAAAAUAUUACUGUUUUGCCGAGAAAGCUUGAUUUUCACAAGUCCACCAAAAAUAAUAUUUCAUUUUCGGUUUUGAAUAUGUUGAUCAUGAACAACAAAAUAUACACAAUAAAAUCAAUUAAGAAGAAGAUUUUGUUUUGUUUUAUUGUUUUUGUGCAUAUAUGAUUAUAAUUAGUAAUAAGUACGUAACCAAUUUCGAAUAUAAUAUAGUCAAUAAAAA